AAUUUUAUAUCGGAUCUCUUGUAAGAACAACGUGGAUCCAAAGUAAAUUCUGCCAAGAUGUCCAGGAUUUUUUCAUCAUAUCUAAGAAAGUUGCAAAGUUCAAUACAGAAUUUUGACCGGUGGCUACAAUAUGUUGUCUCUGGAUAUCCUCCAUUUGGGGGUGUUCCAGCAUUAACAACAGUGUCAAAUUAUCCUUCACAACCACUUACUACAGAGGGCAGUAUAUUUGACGGAAUAUUUUGGGCUGUUCCCAAAAAACGACGAUCAAUUCAAAGGAAUCGCACUCGAAGGAGAGCAAUUGAAAAAAGAGUCGUCGCGGUCACAGAUAUUAUUCCAUGUUCAGAAUGUGGUCAUCCAAAGAGAAAAGAGUACUUAUGCAGCCAUUGUUUGAUAAGAAUAAGAGAAGAGACCAGUGAAAUCCAAAAGCAGAUGUUUAAAGAAUCAGAAGAAAGUGGAGAUUUACCAGAUAAAAAGAUUGUUGUUCUGUAUGAAGGAGAAGGAGAGGAGGAAACAGACAAAGGUGAAGCUGUUCGAGUUGUUGAGAUGAAAAAACGUAGGCCGUCCUGGUUCCCUAAAGGUUUACUGAGCGCUAGUGGGAGGUAAUGCUUUGAAGGAAGAGUUACAAAAUAUAACAUAAUUAAACCUGGUUCUUCCUGUUCUCCUUCCCAAAGCCCUAUCCUGACUAAACAAGUUCUCGUAAUCUCGAAAGCUCCGAUGAGGGCAGUAUGAUAGAGGCAGUAGAGCUAAAAAAGAUUUAUUAAUCAAUCAACAAUCAAUCAAUCAGCUGAGUGUUUCUAGAUCUCCUCAUGAAGGCAGUAGAUCUAAAAAGGAUCUAUUAAUCAACUAUUAAUCAGCCUCACGAGGGCAGUAUAAUAGAGGCAGUAGAUCUAAAAGGGAUCUAUUAAUCAAUCAACUAUUAAUCAAUCAGCCUCAUGAGGGCAGUAUAAUAGAGGCAGUAGAGCUAAAAAAGAUCUAUUAAUCAAUCAACCGAUUGCUAAAAACAUCUCGAUGCCUUAAUAUGGUCAUGAUGAUCAUGACUGGAUAUACAACAGUUUUUUGUCGAAGAAAAUUUGAUAGCCUGGGCAGAACUUAUGGGUUGUGAAAUGAGAUUGAAAUUCAAUCCCCAGAACAACAAAAAUACAGUAGUACUGUGUAUUAACUUGUUCAUUUUUAUAUGCCAGUAGUGGUUGAUGAAAUAAAUACAGCAAAGUACA